AUGAUGAUGUCCAUGCUUUUCGAUAAAAUGCUAUACGAACAAGAAGACUUUAUAUAUAGUGCAAUGAACGAGCUCUACUGGGACGACGAAGUGUAUGAAAUGGUGGAGAUGGGAGUUUCUGGCUGUGGAUGGCUAAGCGCAGAUGAUCCUGUGUUCUGGUGCAUAGCUCCUGCUAACCUUGAAGAGAUCGUCUGGCUAUUUCGUACAGCACCGACUCGGCAGCCCUAUGAUGAGUCGGAGCUCCCUCUUACUCUCUUGGAAUACUAUCUACACAUGAACCUCUCGGAAUUGCUAGAUAAAUUGUCGCUAGCACCGAAAAGGAUCCAUGAUGCGUUGUGCAUGACAUGGGCACGAGUCACCAAGCGCCGCAAGCUCUCCACAGAAAAUCGUUUGAACCAAUCGUCAAGGCUCAAAAUAGAAUGGUUGUUCGAACAAGACCUAACGAAAUUGAAAUUCUAG